UGCUGCAACACAUUUCUUAAUCACCAACAAAAUGGAAGACUCCAUCAAAUACGAGAUUCGGACUAAUAAUGUCCAGGGACUAUGAAGAGCCUGGCAAUUCAGUAGGGAUGUUGGCAGCAGUGGAACAUGGUCCUGUCCUCUGCAGUGACUCCAACAUCCUCUGCCUCUCAUGGAAAGGAAGGGUUCCCAAAAGUGAGAAGGAAAAGCCGGUGUGCAGGAGACGCUACUAUGAGGAAGGCUGGCUGGCCACCGGAAAUGCGAGGGGCGUUGUUGGAGUGACUUUCACUUCCAGUCACUGCAGGAGGGACAGGAAUACUCCACAGAGAAUUAAUUUCAAUUUAAGAGGCCACAACAGUGAGGUUGUCCUUGUCCGCUGGAAUGAGCCGUUUCAAAAGCUUGCUACGUGUGACAUGGAAGGGGGGAUAUUUGUGUGGAUACAGUAUGAGGGCCGAUGGUCUGUGGAGCUGGUUAAUGAUCGGGGAGCUCAGGUAAGUGACUUUACCUGGUCCCAUGAUGGAACUCAGGCCCUGAUUGCCUACAGAGAUGGCUUCGUCUUGGUGGGCUCAGUCAGUGGGCAGAGGCACUGGUCAUCUGAGAUCAACCUUGAGAGCCAAAUCACCUGUGGAAUAUGGACCCCUGAUGACCAACAGGUGUUGUUUGGAACAGCAGAUGGGCAAGUAAUUGUAAUGGACUGUCAUGGUCGGAUGCUUGCUCAUGUUCUACUCCAUGAGUCAGAUGGCAUUGUGGGCAUGUCCUGGAACUGCCCUGACUUUCUGGUGGAAGACAGCACUGAGAGUGAUACAGACUCUGAUGACAAUGGCCCAAGUCAAGCACGUAAUGUGAAGCCCAUUCUCACAGUAAGCUUCAUAUCUGGAGACAUAAGUCUAAUGAACAACUAUGAUGACCUUUCCCCUAACAUUAUCCACUCAGGACUAAAAGAUGUGGAGGUGCAGUGGUGCUCUCAGGGAGACUUGUUAGCUGUAGCUGGAAUGGAGAGACAUGGGUUGCCUUCUGACUCAGCCUGUUCCUCCAUGAUGAGAAAUGCCCUAGUCAAGUUCUACAAUGUUCAAGGAGAACAUAUAUAUACUUUAGAAACUCCUGCGCAGAGGCCCAUCACCACUAUAUGCUGGGGCCACAGGGACUCACGGUUAUUUCUGGCUUGUGGGCCAGCACUGUAUGUUGUACGGGUUGAGCACAGGGUGGCCAGCCUCCAGUUGCUGUGUCAGCAGGGCAUAGCCAGUGCCCUAAAAGAGGAGAGAGAUGUGAGCAAACUGAACAUGCCAUCUCUCCUCUGUUCCUACGUUACUAGUGCAUUCAUACCAACUAUCAAGCCUCCUAUUCCUGAUCCAAACAAUAUUCGUGACUUUGUUAGCUACCCCACAGUGGGAAAUGAGAGAUUGCAUUGUACAAUGAAGCGUGCUGAAGAGAAUCCGGAGGCAGGAGGGCCGUGCUAUACGCUCUAUUUGGAGCACUUGGGGGGUCUGGUGCCUAUACUUAAAGGCCGACGUAUCAGCAAACUGCGUCCAGAGUUUGUUAUAAUGGACCCCAAAAUGGACAGUAAGACAGACGAGGUCUGUGUGAACGGUAUGUUAUCCUUCAUGACUGAUAGCUGCAACUGCUCUGACUCUAGUGACAUUGAACUGAGUGAUGAAUGGGUCGAAAGGAAGUCACCUAAACUUUCUAGAGGAAACAGGUCUCCCAAACUUCCAAGAAUCAAUAUGGAAUCAAGAAAGUCUCCCAAGCUUGCCCAAACAUCCCAAGAAUUGUCCAGGUCUCCAAGAUUACCAAAGAAAGCUACUAUACGAUCCCCAAGUCUCACUCGCAGGGAGUUUCCAGUAGAUGGAAUGAGUGAGCAUAAUUAUCUGGCUCAAGUCACCUCUAACAUUUGGGGUACAAAGUUUAAGAUUGUGGGACUUGCUUCUUUUUUGCCAGCAAAUUUGGGUGCAGGUAUGAAAUUUCUCUCAAAACAUUUUGUUUUCUGUAUUGCUCUGCUCACAGUACAGUGCAUAAGUGACAGUGUAUUAUAUGUACUUUUUAUUUUUAUUAUGCCUGUUACAGUUAUCUAUAAAACCAGUUUGUUGCACUUGCAACCACGUCAGAUGACGAUCUAUCUACCAGAGGUCCGUAAAAUUUCCCUUGACUUCAUGAGCCUACCGGUCUUCAAUCCCAAUGUGUUUAGCGAAGAUGAAGAUGAUUUACCAGUCAUGGGCCCUUCAGGGGUGUCAGGCGAUAAUCCCCCCUGCACAGUUAAUAUUCCCAUUGCUCCUAUACAUAGUCCUGCUCAAGCCAUGUCUCCUACACAGAGCAUAGGACUUGUUCAGUCUCUCUUAGCAAAUCAGAAUAUUCAGCUUGAUGUCCUGACCAAUCCCACAGCCACAGCAGCUGCUGCUGCUGCAGCAGCAGCAAAGGCAGCAGUUCCUGAUCAUAGUGCAGACAAUGUGACAGCACAGUACACUGUGCCAUCAAGAUACUCCAGUCCUGGACAGGUUAUCUUUAGUGGCCUUGAAAUGGGUAACCUGAGUUUGAGUGGAGCACUCCCACCACCACCACAUCAUUUGCCACCACAACCUCAUCAGCAACAACGUCAGCAACAACAGCAACAAGAAGAUCAUCAUCAAACAUCAAAACAUCAGCAGCAGACACAAACACAACAGCAGCAUUUGAAGUUACAACUGCACCAACAAGCACAGCAACAGCACCAACAACCAUUGCAACAUCAUCAACAACACCUGCAGCACCAACAACAAUUGCAAACCCAGCAUCAUCAGCAAAUUCAACAGCACAUACAACAGCAGCACCAACAACAAAUGCAACAGCAUCAUCAUCAAAUACAGCAGCAGCAGCUACAGCAACAUCAUCAGCAAAUGCAACAGCAGCAAAUGCAACAGCAGCAAUUGCAACAGCAAAUACAUCAGCAGCAAGUCCAACACCACCAUCAGCAAAUGCAACAGCAGCAGCAUCAGAUGCACCUCCAGCACGAGCAAAUGCAGCAGCAGCAACAACAAAUUCGCCAACAGAUUCAAGAAAUGAGACAGCAGCAGCAACAGCUUCAGCAACAGCAUCAGCAAAUGCAGCAGCAACAUCAACAGAUGCAAAGACAACAUCAACAAAUGCAGCAGCAGCUCAAGAUGCAAAUAACCUUACCACCUCCUCCUUCAAGUUAUGCCCCAAUUUCCAUGCAUCAGCUCCAGAUGAUGCCUGCAAUUCCUCACCCAGACCAACCACCAGAAAGAGCAGAGCAAACACACACACUGAAAGUCCCUUCUAGACCACAGUCUUUUAUUGAAAAUGACAACUCUUUUGAAAUUCAAAUGCGUAAAAUGAAUCCUCCACCGCCAUACCCUGGCACAGUGGUAUCUGCUGCAGCAGCAGGUCCCCCAGUCCAGCCAGGUCUAAUUGGUAACAGUGAGAAUGCUAACACAGACCAGUGCCUAUCUAAGGAUGAGUUCUCUCUUCACCCAGUGAGCAUCCAGUAUCCGACACCUCUUGGUUAUGAAAGGAUAACAACUUUUGAUAGCAGUGGAAAUGUAGAGGAGGUGUGUCGCCCACGGAGACGUCUUAUACGAAACCAGAAUGCCUAUGGCUUGCAAGGAAUGGGCAGUUCAGCUACAUUGAAAGUUACCUCAUCUGAAAAUAAGAAGGUCCAACUUCCUUAUAGCUCAGCAACUCUCAGUCGCCUUUCUGUGCCUCGAUAUUCCAUACCAAGUGGAGAUCCUCCACCAUACCCAGACCCUGCUAAUCAGAUCAAUGUCAAUAGGAGUCCUACACAAAGGAUUGACAGCAGUCUUAUCCAUGCUACUCUGCGACGGGAUCGCAGAGAAAAUGCUCUGAAGGUUCCUCAAAUGGUGGAUACAGCGAGGACUCUACCAACCAAAUCUAAAGUUAAUGGUGCCCUUGCACUUUCUUACCAGCCCAGGAUCCCUACAGCUUUGUACACUUGCACUCAAUGCAGCAGUAACAGCAGCAGCACAAGUGUAAGUGUCAGUGGUGGUGGAAGCAAUAGCAGCGGCAUUGCGGGGGGGACUGUAGUGCGGCAGGAUUUUCCCCCUGGCAAAGGGGCACAACACAGUACUAUAAUUGUGCACUCUAAAAGUGCUUCAACUCUGGCUUCACAAUCAUCCUACAACCUACUCAGCCCUGUUGACAAUAGUAGAGACAGGACUGUAUACAUCAACUCUGCCUUUACUGAAGAUGAGACUCUAAACCAGCAGUGCCACAUGGAAAAAUCAAUGCGCCAUUUAACUCUUGGAGAUGUCAAUUUAACAGUGAAGCGGCCACCACCUUACCAGUGGGAUUCUCCUGCUUCAGACCAAAUAUGGAUGGCCCAGGAUCAAAAUAUGCUGACUAGCCCACCAGGACCUCACAAACCACCCCAUCUUUUACUCAGCCAAGCACAGCACUUAGACAUAACUCGACUACCUUUUGUUCUCUCAACAAAACCUCCCUCUAGUCCCAGUUCUAUGACCCUGCCCUCGACUUAUCAGAUUUCCCUUUCACCUUUCCCCCCUGGUGUGGGCCACGGUGGUCCUCAGUUUCAGACAUUGCAAAGUACUCCACAGCCAUGUGGCCCCAGUGACAUGGUAACAUCAAUUCCAUUCAGCCAACAGGAUCCAGCUCUUGUUUUGCCCCCUGGUUAUGCAAAUAAUCUGGCCAGUCUACCCUGUUGCCCACUCCCACCCAUGUAUCCUGGGGCCAGCUCAUGCACCAACCUUCAGCUUCAUCCAAUGGCCUUGCAUCCCUGGAGCACGUACAGUGCUUGCCCUCCCAUGCAGGACCACUCAGCAACUUUACCAAGUAAAAUGCAUCAGAGUUUGGAGAAGCCCAUUCUCUCACCCCCACCACCUCCGCCUCCUCCACCACCACCGCCACCCCCUCCUCCCCCCCUCCCGCCUCCUCCUCCGCCAGCUGAACUUAUGGCUCACCAAAGUACCUCAGAGGUUUUAGCUGACUCUGGUGAGAGUUUUCAGGAACAGUCCUCACUUACCGAGAGUCCAAUACAACAGGGGUCAGACAGGUUCAGCAAAAAAAGUCGUAAGAGACUCGAUAGCAGGGCAGAGGAGGCAGGCAUGUCAAAUGUUUCUGAGAGUAAAUCAAAAAAGGAAGGCCGUGCUUUGGCUGACUUCAAUUCUCUCAUUGCUAGCCCCAGGCUUGGUGGCAGAGAGAAAAAGAAGCCUAAAGGACAGAAGGAGCAACUGAACAAGGCCAAAAAGCUGAGCAGGACAACAAAUGAAUUCCAAGACAGCUCUGAAAGUGAACCUGAACUUUUCAUUAGUGGCGAUGAACUAAUGAAUCAAAGCCAGAGCAGCAAGAAAGGUUGGAAGAGCAAACGCAGCCUGCGCACAGCAAAUGAACUGGAGGAGAUUAAGUGCCGCAAGGCAAAUGAGAGAGAAGAUCGGAGCCUUGGCAGUCAGGGCUUUGUGUAUGUCAUGGCCAACAAACAGCCGUUAUGGAAUGAAGCCACUCAAGUCUACCAACUUGACUUUGGUGGAAGAGUGACACAGGAAUCAGCCAAAAAUUUUCAGAUUGAGCUGGAUGGACGACAAGUGAUGCAGUUUGGCAGAAUCGAUGGUAAUGCGUACAUCCUGGAUUUUCAGUAUCCGUUCUCAGCUGUGCAAGCAUUUGCUGUUGCGUUGGCCAAUGUCACUCAGAGGCUUAAAUAAAGGACAGUAAUGGCCAUUACACAAUUUGCUGAUUAUAUGUUGUGAAUAACAAUGGACAACGCGCUCUGUUGCCAAUAAAAAUGGUACUGCUUGUGUUGGGCCAGGGUGUAAAGGUAACAGUCGGAGGAACGUUGUCAGAAACAUUGCAUACUUGAGAGUGAAAAAGGUACAGAAUGGUUGAAAUAAUCAUUCUUUUGUUAAUGGUUGUGGAAGAAGACAGAAGAGAAAUAGAAAGAAUGCAAGACCAGUGCUUGAUUAAAGCUAGUAAAGAUCAGUUCCUAGUUUUGAUUUUUCUUUGUGUGUGUAUAUGUUUCAUAACAUUAAUAUAUGAAAGGCUAAACAAUGAUUUGCAUGCAAACCUAUGCCAAUUUAGUUACCCUGUGAUGAUGGGAAUCCCUUACUGAGGAUUUAUUUUGCUGCAGGUUGUUUUCGAAGUGUGAGUGGUAAUAUGAAUUUUAAAAUUAUGUAUUAAGGGGGAUAAUGCCAUGAGUGAAAAUAUUUUUGAAUUUUUUUUAAUGUUCUAUCUAUUGUAUCUCAUUUAUAUGUGGUGUAACAUGAAUCAGGCAUUAGUACUAUUAACUUCAACAUCUCAUUGCAAUGAAUGCUUUCAUUGUUAAUUGAUUUGUUGACUUUUUAUGACUCUUAUUUUAUUAUCACCCUUUGUAAUGGCAGCAGUUUUCUAUCACUAUAAACCUCUUAAAUAGAUGUUGGUCAUGAACCAGGCGGUGUUAAAUAAUAUAUGAAUCAUUGUAAUGUGUAGAUUUGUAAAAUAAUACCACCCAUUUCAUUACAUCUCACCACAUGAACAUGUGGGUUUCACUUAGAUAUGGGACAAUAUGUUCACAGUUUGGUCUGUUAAUUUUACCACAAAGUUCUUACAGUCUAAAUGUGUAUGAUUCAUUUGGCAUUGUAGAAAGCAGACCUGGCAUAGUUUUGAUAGAGGCACUAUCACUUGGAGGAUAAUAGAAUUGAAUAUAAAACUAAAUUAUGGCUAUAGCGAUGGAUGCGAUACAUAUUUUCCAAUUGGUGUUUUUUUUUUUUGUUUGUUUGUUUUUUUUAGGUUUGUAGAAGAAAUAUUUUAAUUCUAUAUUCAAUGUGAUUUACUUUUCAUGACUUUAGUAUUUCUAUAUGAGAUUUGGUCUGGCAUUUUAUCUUCACCCUUAUAGGAGCUAAGGUCAAGAUUUGUUUAUGUAGCAGUGCUGGGGUACCACACCGUCACAGUCGGGACAAAAUCCAACUGGCCCUACAUAUGUUGACUCAAAUCAUUAAAUAUCUGUUUAUUGUAUUUUAUAUAUACAUAUAUAUAUAUAUAUAUAUAUAUAUAUAUAAUAUAUAUAAACAUGCCUCUGCUUUCUUAUAUCAUUUGAGCUGUUAUGUUGAUUUUUAUAUUUUGGAUGUAAGUUAAACAUUUGCAGAGAGUAUCUGUGUUGACAGACGAUGGUUAAUAUGAUUAUUCUCCUGUUUUUUGGUGUAUAAGCUUUGAUGAUUUGCAAAUUGAGCAAUUUCUAAUCUGUUACACUAGAGUAUACAGGCCCAGUUUGAAUUGUGUGGAAUGUGAGGCUUUAACUGUGCUAAUGCUUUACUAUUGUAAUGUACAAUAAACCAUGAUGAGCUUGUAAUAUUAACUUAGCUUUCUCAUGCAUUAGAACAUGUGUGGUAGGCUAUGAAAAAGCAUAAGCCUAUAAGUGAACAGAACAAGUCACUCAGUUGAAGACAAAUGUUCAGUGAUUUAGGUCACGUAUGCCUGUUUGCUAUUGGAAUUAUUUAUGUUUGCUGUAUGGUAUAUGCUGCCAUACCAUACAUCAUGACUGAAGAGUACUAGGAUGUACAGUGUGGAGUACACACCCUUAGACUCAGGAAGAGCUUGUUGUUAAUUAGCUGGUUUGUUCCAAUUUAAUACCAGCCACAUUGAAGGAGGACUGUCCAUGGCAGUGAUUUUGUUUCUUAAGUGAAUUGAUGAAAAUUAAUUUAUUCAAAAGGGUUAUUUUCAAAACCCAGGCAAAUCCAGUAGACGCUUUGUUCCUGAGAUCCUGCAGCAGGUGAGCUUAUCUAUAAAUAUCACCGAAAUGCAUGUAAGCCUAAGAAACACUGAUUACAUUGUACCAAAAAUUAAUAAAACGGCUGAAAUUAGUGCUGCAGGAAAUAAUCAAGUCAUCACAACCAUAUACAAUGUGCACUACACGGUGAGAUGAAAUUGCGUUUUCCUGGACCCAAGGUGUAAGAUACAUGUAUGACGUACACAGUGCUGACAGGACAUGAACAAAGGAAGCAUGCAGGGAGUAUGGGAAACAGUGAGGGUGGGUACAAAGAAGGGCAGCAGAGCAUAAAUACAUGACAAUAAGACAUUAAACACCGGGUCCAAAGAUGCAACUUUGUUUAUGGUUAAAAAGUGUCUGCAGCAAUCCUGAGCUGAACAACAUUUACAUGAACCGCAGAUAACAUGCAUUUAUAGCUUUGUUGUACGAAACUGGAGAAACCUUGUUCACUGCUUAGUCCAGAUGCUCAGUGUUAAAAGUCAUAAUGCUGUAUGAACAUCAGCAGCCUAGCUGCGUUAAGAUUAAGACAAAAACAGUGCACAAGACAUGGUUUUCUAGGACUGUGUCAAAAAUGACAUAUACCUAUACAAACUACAUAUGAACUAAUUAUAUGUCCUGUAUUACACAUCGCACACAUGAACGUUACAUACGACCCGUAGACCGACAAAGGUUCUUGCAAAUGAAUUUAGAAUCUGUGUCCUGUGCUCCAAUAACAGAGAGCUAGUCUCUGUUAUUCCAAUAAGGAGCAAAAUAGAGCAAUAAACUGCUGAGCCAUGUACACUCACUGAACACUUUAUUAGGAACACUUGUACACCUUCUCAUUCAUGCAAUUAUCUAUCAGCCAAUCAUGUGGUAGCAGUGCAAUGCAUAAAAUCAUGCAGAUAUGAAGGUUUGAUGUGUUGUUCAUUCUGAAAUGCUUUUCUGCUCACCACAGUUGUAAAGAGUGGUGACUGGUCAUUCUUCUCUGAUCUCUCGCAUCAGCAAGGUGUUUCAGCCUGCAGACCCUCCGCACACGGGAUGUUUUUUGUUUUUUGUACCGAUAAAUUUAAUAUAUCUGCAUCAAUAUAAAUCCAGGAGAAAUGUUGUGGAAGGACCUGAAGCAAGCAGUUCAUAUGAGGAAACCCACCAACAUUCCAGAGUUGAUGCUGUUCUGUACAGAGGAACGUGCUAAAAUUCCUCCAAGCCGAUGUGCAGGACUGAUCAACGCUUACCAGAAACAUUUAGGUGCAGUUAUUGCUACACAAGGGGAUCACACCUGAUACUGAAAGCAAAGGUUCACAUACUUUCUCCACUCACAG